CCCCACCCCCCGUGUGUGUGUGUGAGGCGGGAGGAAGCGGAAGUUUGACAUGUUUACCUCAGCCUGUGGGACUGGGUGAAGCGCGGCCCCUGAUCUUUCUCACCGUCUGGAGGGGGGUUUUCCUGGGAUCCGCGGAGAUGCCGUUGGCCAAAGAUUUGCUAAACCCGUCUCCUGAAGCAGAACGGAAGCAGCACAAGAAGAAACGUCUGGUGCAAAGCCCCAACUCGUACUUCAUGGAUGUCAAGUGCCCAGGCUGCUACAAGAUCACAACGGUGUUUAGCCAUGCCCAGACUGUCGUGUUGUGUGUCGGCUGCUCCACAGUUCUGUGCCAGCCCACUGGGGGCAAGGCCAGACUCACAGAAGGCUGCUCAUUCCGGAGGAAGCAGCACUGAGCAGAGUCAGCAGGAGGAUGGUCUGCCCUAAUGACUGAUUUCCAGUGACUACAACCCUUGGGCUGUAGAGCCUGUAAUUUCAUUGAUUGCAAUGAAUGUGAUUGUAUAUUGCUGUUGGUUAAAGUGAGCAUUUACAGUGUUUCACCCUUAUGUAUCCACAGCGUCUAACUAAUAAAAUCAGACUCUUCACAAUCCAA